AUGGAAGGGACGUCGGGCCAGGUGCCUGCGCGUCCUACUCAACCACCGGAUCCAAAUGGAAAAACAAUAACACCCAAGGAAGAAAUUCCCACAAAACCCAACUAUCUCUCUGUUGCUGCCGGUGGAAAAUCGAUUUCAACUCGGAAAAGAGAAUCAGUAAUUGCAAAUGUCUCAACUCAUAACGGCGUUCCGGUGGUUUUAUUUGAUUGCGAUGACUAUCAUGGAUUAAUGGCAGAGGAAUGCAAAUUCACUAUUAAUGGCAGAUUCCUAAAAACCCGACCCCAAAUUGAAACAAUUCGAGCUACAGUGAAAGAAUCAAUCCCUAUCAAAGGGAAAAUUCAGAUUGGGGUCUAUGAUAAUCGGAAUGUGUUCAUCCACGUCUACAAUGAGGAAGAUUUUAACACCAUUUACUUCAGACAUGCUAUAGAUAUCGAUGGUCAGACGAUGUGGUUGAGCAGAUGGACCCCAAACUUCACACCGGAGGAAGACAGCCCGUUAACUCCGGUCACACAAAAAAGGCAAAACAUUAUGGCAAAAAUUCUUAAGUUUCAGCAGAAUGCUUUCCCUAUCAACUAUUUAGGAUGCCCAUUGUUCUAUGGAAGAAAAAGAGUACAUUACUUUACAGACAUGGUCACCAAAAUCAUACAAAGGAUGGGGUCAUGGAGUUGUAAUUUGUUGUCUACAGAAUGUAAAAGAAUACUAUUUAACCAUGUCUUUGCUGCUAUGCCCCUACAUAUGCUUGCAAUCUGUGAACCUCCCAAAACACCUCUAAACCAAAUUGAGAAGGUUCUUGUAAACUUCUUUUGGGGAAGUUCUGAAGGGAAACAAAAACAUCAUUGGACAAAAUGGGAGAUCGUUUGUAAACCAACACUAGAAGGGGGUAUAGGAGUUAGAAGACUGCAUGACAUUUCAGAUGCUUUCUCUUGUAAACUCUUGUGGAACUCCAGAACUAAGGAGUCUUUAUGGACAAAGUUCACGAAAGCCAAGUACUCUCAAAGAAUUCACUCUAUGGCAAGGAAACAGAAUUAUACCCAUUCUCAUAGAUGGAGGAGACCAAUGAAAAUCAAAUCCAAGGUGGAUCAUCUUAUACAUUGGAAGAUCAACAGAGGUAAUUCCAACUUCUCGGUGGGAUAA